UCUCGUGCCCCGAUGCUCCGUCUGCCCACGCUCUCCUUCAGCCCACAGCAGGUCGCGCGCGUAUGCGAGACUCUGGAGGAGAGUGGGGACGUGGCGCGCCUCGCGCGCUUCCUGUGGGCGCUGCCCCCCGCGGACCCGCAGCGCGAGCCUGAGGCUGUGGUGCGUGCGCGCGCCGUGGCGGCGUUCCACGCGGGAGAGUACGGCGAGCUGUACCGGCUCGCGCAGAGCCGCAGCUUCAGCUCCGCAGAGUCGCGCGCCGCGCUGCAGCGCCUGUGGCUCGAGGCGCGCUAUCGCGAGGCCGAGCGCGCGCGCGGCCGGCCACUGGGCGCGGUGGACCGGUACCGCGUGCGCAGGAAGUUUCCGCCGCCGCUCACUGUCUGGGACGGAGAGCGGCGCGCGCACUGUUUCCGGGAGCGCGCCCGGCGCGUGCUGCGGCAGAGUUACCUGCGGGAGCCCUACCCGGACACGCGCGCCAAGAGCGAACUGGCGCGCGCCACCGGACUGACGGCCACGCAGGUGGGGAACUGGUUCAAGAACCGGAGACAGAGGGACAGAGCGGCGGCCAACAGGAUACAGCAGCAGGUUUUGUCCGCUGGCUCAGUCCAGUCUCUUCUGGUGGACGAUGAAGGACCUGUAGACGCUCUGAGUGUUUCGUCCGGCCUGGAAGAGUCAAAGAAAGCCUCCGAGGCCUCCUGCGCUGUCUCCAUCACCUCCAGCGACAGCGAGUGUGAGAUGUAGAGCGGUUCUGGUCCUGGAGAGCUGCUGUGCUGCACAGGUUUGAGUUUGUACAGGCCCUGAGACUGAGUUUA